CUUUGACCUUGGAUGGAAAGAUUGCAAUUGCUGGUGAUAAGCUCUUUGCCUCUACCGGGAAGACAUCUGUGUUUGAAGAAACAGAAGCAACUUGCCAAGCAGCUCAUGGUUCCAUUGCAUCACCAAGAAACCUGAACGAGAACAAAGCAAUUCAGAGGAUUGUGGGACACUAUAAUACUUAUGCCUAUCUGGGCAUCAUUGAAAGCGAUGAUCCUGGGAAAUUCCAUUUCCGGAAUGGGGAUUCUUUGAAUUUUACCAACUGGUAUAAGAAUGAACCUUCAGGAUCUGAGAAAUGUGUGGAAAUGUACCACGAUGGCACUUGGAAUGACAAAGCGUGCGAUACAUAUCGCCUCACCGUCUGUGAAUUUUAAGCCCAACCCCACCACAAAUCUUAAGCAUGCGGGUUUAUUUUCAAAGCUCCAUAUAACUUUUUUUAUAUAUAGCUUUUUAUUAAGUUUUGGAAAGAAGAUAAAAACGAAUAAAAA